AUGCAGACACAAGACGCGUACGAUCGGUUCACGGAGAUUUGCCGUAAUUCCGACGAAUAUCCUCAAGUACAGCUCAGGAAACAAGAACCUCAUGAAGCUCUCUUCGGUGAACGGCAAUAUAGAAGCCUCCUAGAGAGGGAGUGCUCCUUGUUUGACCGCGCGGCAUCUGUGAUAACGUUCUGGGAGACUGGAAGACGAAAUCAAUUCCCUGAUGAGGAAGAAGCCAUUUGGGAUAUGGAGACCCUUUGGUCACACCUGCACCGCGGUGAUCAAGACCCGCACGUUCGUCACGUUUUUGUUAGCGCAGAUAACUCGAGAUCGCCGUUGAGUUGCUCUAUGGAUAUGUUCAAAUUAGUUUGCUCAUAUCACCAAGUUAACCCCUCCUUCUUGGAGCCAGUACACGCCUUCGGACGACAGAGCGAGCCUCUCGAUCUCUGUCUGGCUCAGUUCAAAGGCAGCGACACGCUCAACUGUCUCACUGAAGGCCUCCCAGAGCUUCCUAAGAUCGGCCGUUCCGGUCGCGAAAUACAACUGUCUUAUCUUCUCCGCUCCGUCGAAUCUUCCGAAAGUGGCAAAGGGGUCUGGGACUGGCAGAUUCGUCAAGUUGCGAACUAUCACUCCUUCGACGUGGAAACUGGACGGGCCUUUUGGUUCACCGUCAAGGCAGACGAUGUUUUUGAAGACCGGAUCAAGAAAACAAGCCCUCUCCUCAGAAUUCCAGCCAAGACUGAAACACAAGAUGGAGAUGUUUCUCUCUAUCUUCAGGCGUCAUUAGCUACUCACUUGGUUUACCUCUGCUGGUGCGAUGAGAAUUGGCGACAGUUCAUCAACGAGACCGAGGCAGGGAUUCGAGCGAUUGUAACGCCAGCCAGCAAAGCGAUUGUCGAUGAUCUCAUUGACAGGGAGUCCAGCCUCUUAAGUGCGUACCCAAAGCCUUUGAGAGACUCCCGUAGCCAAACUAUGUACUCGCACAGUCAAUCCAUGUCGGGCACUUUGGCCACCACUAUUGACCCUGAGAAGAACAAGAUGUCGAUGUUAUCCCGGGUGGCAAACGGGACGUCUUCAACUCUGAGCUCUUGGCUGAGACAGGAGAAGCCAAAACAGACGGAUCCGGAGCUCGGUGGCCAUUGCACUGCUUGUACUACGGACACAAGUUCACCGCCUCCCCAGCCAGACACAUGGGAGGUUCUCAACCAGUUUCGGUUCAAAGACGUGCAGACCUUGCACAAGCACUCUGAAAUCAUUCAUCGAGCUUCUCUAGCUCUGGAACUUGAUAUUGGUGUCCUUAAUGACAUCUGCACAUUCUACAGUCACACCGCCGCCGCCGAGUUUCGCGGAAAGAUUGCAUGUGAAGGAGCAAUCAGCAACUUCAUCAAAGAAGUCCAAUCUAUCGCGAGGAGAUUGGAAACACGACUGCAACAAAUGCGCUGCUUGGCCAUCACCCUUGGUCAAAGCAUACAGCUGUAUGAGCGAUUACUCCAGCAGCGUACCAGUCAUAUCGGUAAUUGGUUCGCGGAAAUAGCGCACGAGAACACGAAGCAGAUGCAAGUCAUAACAGAUAAGACGUUGAAGGAAACGACGUCGAUGCAUGUCAUCACGAUCGCGACACUAAUCUUUCUGCCGGCCACUUUCGUUGCAACUUUCUUCCAGAGUGGAGUGUUGCUUUGGAAAGAAGAUGGGCCAGACGACAUGACAAGACCAUUCAUCUGGAAGCGUGAUAGCUUAAUGCUCUUCUUAAGCUUCUGUGGUCCUCUGACCGCGGCAACCAUCGGCGGCUGGUUAUUCAUGUGUGUAAGACUGAGAAAAAGUGCACGGCGGAAAUUGUAA